UCCUGAGUCAGGCAGAGGAGAGGAAGCAGGGAAAGAUGAUCUUUGCAGAAAUGGGCCCUGAUUCCUCUGAGGCAGAGAGGACUCCGUUGGACACCAGAGAGAGGCCCCUGGGAUUUGGUAGCACAUCUUUGGACAGACAGAACUUGACAGAAGACAAAAGGGAUUCCUUCCGAUCUCUCGGAGGCUUCAUGGAUGAGCAAGGUUCAACUAGCCCAGAAGCAGGAAGAGGCCAUGCCACCCAAAAUGGGGGGUUAUGGAAAACCUCAGUGCAGAAGAUCCUGGGUGAGGAGGACACCCACAGCUCAGAUUUGCAAAGCCAGCAGUUCAGGCAGUUCUGCUACCAGGAGGCCGAAGGACCCCAAGAAGUUUGCAAAAGACUCUACCGCCUUUACCAUCAGUGGCUGAAGCCAGAACGUCAUACGAAAGCUGAGAUGCUGGACCUGGUGAUCUUGGAGCAGUUCCUGGCUGUCCUUCCACCGGAGAUGGAGAGCUGGGUGAGGGAAUGUGGAGCGGAGACCAGUUCCCAGGCGGUGGCCCUGGCCGAAGGAUUCCUCCUGAGUCAGGCAGAGGAGAGGAAGCAGGCAGAGCAGCAGGGAAAGGAUUCAUCUGAGGUAGAGAGGACUCCAUUUGACAACAGAGAGAGGCCACUGGGUGACAGAAGGAUGCCAGCAAGACCUCCAAGUCCGUCUCUUCAUGGUAGCAGAGAGGAAGCAGCGGCUCUGGAAACAGACCAGGUAGCGGGAAGCAGCCUUGUGGGGAAAGAGGCCGAGGGGUGGGGCUGCCGGGGUGCCUCUGAGGGGGAACGAAUCUCUCCUCCUCCUCCUCUUGGCUUCUGUCAAAAAUGCCCUCAACGAAGGGUGAAAACGCCAUUUGAGAAGGUUCAUGUGCUGAGAAUAAGGAACAGAAUUCGGAAUCCAGAUUCCCCUAACAGACCUUCCCUGUGUCUCCGUGAUUCCUUGGAAGUUGGCUUUAGGGAAUCAGGAGGCUCCCCCCUUCCAAAAACAGGGGGUCCUUCGGCCUAG